ACCACUCAUAUAAAUACCCAGCACACAGCUCUGACUUCCACACUCCGCAGUUGGCUCUGGAAAGCUCAAAUCCUUGAUCAGGGAGAAAAUGUCCAGCCAAAUUGAGCACCCAGCUGGUGGAUACAAGAAGCUUUUUGAGACUGCAGAGGAAUUGGCUGCACCAGUAACUGCUCAUGUCACAGGCAGGAUUCCCAUAUGGCUUACAGGCAGUCUGCUUAGAUGUGGGCCUGGUUUGUUUGAAGUUGGUUCGGAACCAUUUUAUCAUCUGUUUGAUGGCCAAGCACUUCUUCAUAAAUUUGACUUUAAGGAGGGGCAUGUCACAUACCAUCGCAGGUUCAUUCGGACUGAUGCUUAUGUAAGAGCAAUGACUGAGAAAAGAAUCGUGAUAACUGAAUUUGGCACCUGUGCUUACCCUGAUCCAUGCAAGAACAUAUUUUCCAGGUUUUUUUCAUACUUCAGAGGUGUGGAGGUGACUGAUAAUGCCCUGGUCAAUGUGUACCCAGUGGGUGAAGAUUACUAUGCCUGCACGGAGACCAACUUUAUCACCAAGAUUAACCCAGAGACUUUGGAGACAAUCAAGCAGGUGGACCUUUGCAAAUAUGUUUCAAUCAAUGGCUUGACUGCUCACCCCCAUAUUGAAAAUGAUGGGACGGUUUAUAACAUCGGCAACUGCUUUGGAAAAAAUUUUGCAAUUGCCUACAAUAUUGUAAGGAUCCCUCCACUGCAAGCAGACAAGAAAGAUCCAAUGAACAAGUCCAAUGUGGUUGUGCAGUUUCCUUGCAGCGAUAGAUUUAAACCCUCGUAUGUGCACAGCUUUGGGCUGACUCCAAACUAUAUAGUGUUUGUGGAAACACCAGUGAAAAUUAACCUGCUCAAAUUCCUUUCUUCUUGGAGUCUGUGGGGAGCCAACUACAUGGAUUGCUUUGAGUCUAAUGAAACCAUGGGGGUCUGGCUUCAUGUAGCAGAUAAAAAAAAAGGAAAGUACCUCAAUAUUAAAUAUAGGACCUCGGCCUUUAACCUCUUCCAUCACAUUAACACCUAUGAAGACAAUGGAUUUCUUAUUGUGGAUCUCUGCACCUGGAAGGGGUUUGAGUUUGUUUACAAUUAUCUGUACUUAGCCAAUUUGCGGUCCAAUUGGGAAGAAGUGAAGAAACAUGCAGAAAAAGCUCCUCAGCCUGAAGCUCGCAGAUAUGUCCUUCCCUUAAACAUUGACAAGGCCGACACAGGUAAGAAUUUGGUCACCUUGCCCUACACAACAGCAACUGCAACUCUGCACAGUGAUGAAACAAUCUGGCUGGAACCAGAGAUUCUUUUCUCUGGGGCUCGCCAAGCCUUUGAGUUUCCACAAAUCAAUUAUAAGAAAUAUGCUGGAAAACCCUAUACAUACACGUAUGGCCUUGGAUUGAAUCACUUUGUUCCAGACAGGCUUUGUAAGCUGAAUGUUAAAACGAAAGAGACUUGGGUGUGGCAGGAACCAGAUUCAUACCCAUCAGAGCCUAUCUUUGUUUCACAUCCAGACGCCCUGGAAGAGGACGAUGGUGUCGUUCUGAGUGUGAUUGUUAACCCUGGAGCAGGACAGAAGCCUGCCUAUCUACUGAUACUGAAUGCAAAGGAUAUGAGUGAAGUUGCCAGAGCUGAAGUGGAGAUGAAUAUUCCUGUUACCUUCCAUGGAACGUUCAUAAGAUUGUGACUAUUCUCUUCAGUGUACUUAUUGUAAUUUGCUUUUUUGACUUUGAAGAUACAUUUCUAGUUACAAAAACUCAAAUAUUCUAUGUUCCUUCAGUGUCUUUGAUUUGUAAAACUCAUUAAGACUGAGAAUUUCAUUUUUCUUGA